UUAGCCGGCGCUCUAAUUCAAAGGAAGGGAACGAAGAAUGGAGAGAAAGCAGUACAGAGGCGUCCUUUAGUACUGCUGCUGCUGCUGCUCUGGAAGCAGGCGCCAUGCGACGCGGCUCCAGUCCCAGGAGAACCCCCUCAACACCGCCUUCACGCCGAGGUGCCGGAAGACCUCCACGCGGGCGGCCAUCGCCUCGGACUUCUCCGCGCAGGCCUCGCCGGCAACAGCCCCCUGGUGAAGGGGCAGCCCCUCGGCAUCGGCGAAGAUACCGACCUGGCCAGCUUGCCAUGCUGGAUAUCCGGAAAUACCAAAAGAGCACCAACUUGCUCAUUCAGAAGCUGCCCUUUGCUCGUGUGGUACGUGAGAUCUGCCUGGAUUACACCCGGGGAGUUGAUAUGCACUGGCAGGCGAUGGCAUUGCUUGCUUUGCAAGAGGCAUCUGAAGCUUUCCUUGUUCAUCUCAUGGAGGACGCCUACCUCUGUGCCAUCCAUGCCAAACGUGUCACCCUCUACCCCAAAGACAUACAGUUGGCUCGGCGGAUCCGUGGCAUACACGAGGGCUUGGGUUAGUGCCCUUCUCCCAUCGCCCUGAGUCGAGGAUACAUCUUCAGGGACUGGAAAACCAUCUUGGAAAAUGGAAGCUGUUUCUGAGGAAGACGUUCCUGGCUUAGGCCUGAAGGAACCUGUGCAGGCAGCAUGGCUUGAAUUCUUCUCUUCUGGUUAGAAAUCUGGGGAAAUCUCUGCCUUCUCACUUGUCCCCUGUCAUAACCGAGGCCAUUCCGUCUCUAGGAUUGGUAUCCAUGUUCAGCAAUUCCAAAACUUCAUCGGCUUAUCAUUGGACAUGGGAACCACAGGGUGUUAGCGCUUGCUUAAAACCUUGGGCAGGAUUGUCACCGUCGUGUUUUUACUAAAUAGUUUUAAACAUUUGAGUAAUUCCUGAAGAUGAAAUGUUAUAUUCCAUGCGUAUUUUACCACAUUUGUCUGCCCUGCUCCUCUCUCCAGUGGACAUUAGCAAAUUUGUGUCAUUGUCUUCCUCCUAUUAUUGCUGGUUCCUCCAUUUUUUUCCAGCCUUUCUGCCAUCACAUUUUACUUCAGUGAGGUCACUCUAGUGGAAAAGGAGAAACUCUCCACCUGGACUGGAGCAAGAGAAACCAAGAUUAUCUCAGGCUUUAUCAUCGCUGGAAGUAACAAUCUAGCCAGAAAUCCCACUGAGCGACAUCUCUGUGGUGGGUUAACCUGGUUAACAACCCAUACAGACUCUUUUCUAAGCGGAAAGACAAUCGUGAGGUGUUGGGAAGAGUGUGAGACUUGGAACGUGCCAAAAGUAAGGGGAAUGUGCCAUUGGCUUUUGUUUUUAAAUAGAAAGACUUUA